AUGAUCUUCUCACAGAGCCCCGUCAUCUUCAUCGCCUGUAUCCUGGGCUUGGCGCUCUUCGCCAUCCUCGUCUGGUUCGGCUUCUACCUUGUCCGCCACCGCCCCUACCUCGCCAAGCCCGUCGACGCCGAGCAGGCCCUCGACUGCAUGCCCCGGCCGGCCCGCGGAGAGGUGCUCCCCGAGUACAGCCGGCAGAACCACCCGCCCGUCUACUGCGACGACGACCUCGCCUGCCCGCCCCCGUCGUACCAGGCCGUCUUCACGCGCCACUCUGCGCCGACGCCGGACGAGCUGCGCGUCCUCCACCGACGGCUCGAGAAGCUCCAGCGCCGCCGCCGACGUCGCAGCGGCGGCGGCGACACGACCGCCGGCGAGACGGCCAUUCGCGACUCCGAGAUUCGCUGCCUCGCGCAGUGGAUCGAGCGCCUGGAGAUGCUGCGCGACGAGGAGGAGCAGGAUGCCGGUCCCGCGCUGCCGGGCCGGCGCCGCACCGUGCGGCUCGUGCAGUCGGAGAGCGAGCCGGCGAUGCUACUCUCGCGAUCGGCCACCGUGCGUGGGUCAUCUGCAGCUGCUGCGCAGCAGGGUUCGACUUUGGGGAGAUCGGCUACAGAGCCCGGCUUGGUCUGUUUUGCGCCGUCGCGCGAGGUGGCACCCCCUCCGACGCCAAUGGCAGCUCCGACGAGCCCAACUGCAGCAGAGAUGGAUCUUCAACUUGCCGAGCUGCGAGAGCAGCUCAUGAGGGUGUUGCCAAGCGGGCCUUCCACAGAGCGAUGA